GCGUGUGCUCAGACUACUUGCACACGCGCUUAAUAGGAAAGUGGAAAAGUCACCGUAAUUCCUAUCUCCCAAUCCUCCGCCAUUUCUCACUUCCCUUUUUCUCUGCGCUGUCGCGAGUGCGAGUCUACUCUGUCACCUGAACGGCGCUCUUCCGGAUUGAUUCAGUUUUUGUAGAGCAAGUCGUAAAUUAACUCUUUAAAAUAUCUAUACCACAAAAAAAGCAUGUCGAGUGGAGGAAACACACAUUGGUGCUACCAAUGCAGCAAGCCAAUUCGCGCCAGAGGGCGUCAGUUGCUCUGCCCGUACUGCGACGGGGGUUUCGUACAAGAGCUCCCCGAAUUCAUGGGUGCCCAUCCAGGCGAUGCUUCUGGCAUUGGAGUCGUUGAGCCUUUUCAAGAUCCAAGAUUAAGUUUUAUGGAUGCAUUCGCCGCCCUCAUGAGGCAAAGAAUGACAGGAAGGGACCCCACUUUUGACGUCAGAACACGCCAGGGGGGCGUGGGCCCCACCAGGCCAGCUGGCCCGUUGCUGAUUUUCCACGGCCAAUCUGCAGCUGGAUUCCCAGAGAGGGACCCGAUCGAUUUCUUCUUCAGCGGUGGGCAUGGAACGGGGAACAGACGGGCUGCUGAUCUGGGAGAUUUCUUUAUGGGGAAUGGUUUGCACGAAUUGAUCGAACAGCUCAGCACGAACGAUAGGCGGGGCCCGCCUCCAGCCCCCCGUUCAGCAAUCGAUGCCAUGCCCACCAUUAGAAUAUCCCAGAGGCAUCUUAGCAGCGACGCACACUGCCCCGUGUGUCAAGAUAAGUUCGAGCUGGGCUCGAAAGCUAGGCAGAUGCCGUGUGACCAUAUCUACCAUUCGGAUUGCAUUGUGCCUUGGCUUGUUGAGCAUAACUCGUGCCCUGUUUGCCGUGUUGAGCUGCCUCAGCAAGUUCUUGGAAAUGCUCGUUCGAACUGGAAUCAGAGAAAUGGGAACUCGAGCAGCAGUGGGGCCAGCAGUAGCAAUAGGAGGGAGAAUAUCACUCAGAAUAUGGGACGGUGGAAUCCGUUUUCUUUUCUGUGGCCUUCUAAUUCGUCGAAUCAAAAUACUCAACGUCAUUCAAGAACCGGUGGAAAUAGCUCGUCAUCUUCUAAUGAGGAGCAUAACAGGACAAAUUGGCCCUUCGAUUAUUGAUGUGUUUGUAUCGACAAUCUUCUUAUCCCUUUUCGAUCUGUUUCUCAAUAGCUUAUUUGUGUUGUGUGCCUUGGAAAAUCUGGGUUUCUCUAAAACUUGUAUCAGGUGUCGAAAUUUCGCCGCAGGAAUGCUAAUAACCCCUUUCAUGUAAAUAUGUAAUUCAGUUUUUCUGUGCUACCAAAUAUGUGUACACAAUUGGUUGUGAGCUCUCCUUCUCUGUAAAAGGAUCGUUGCUGAACGAAAACUGGUGUUGUUCUAUUGCUACUUGUUGAAACCGAAAAUUUGGCAGUGGGAGAUUGUGCAGUUUUCUAAUUGCAUCUCAAACUAAUUGUGGGAAUGUGAACUUGUCGACACAUAUGGAAAAAGAUGACGUGACAUGUUUCUGAUCUUCUCGGAUAAAGCUUCGUUUUCUGUUUAGUUCGAAGUUUGGACUACACAGAAAGAUGGAGUAGAAUAAUCCGUGUGCCGAGUUUGUGAACAAUAAUGUUUUUCGUUUUUCUUGGUUUUAUUUAUGUUGCAUUCUGAUUUGGUUUU